CCAUGCUCAUUUGCGUGCCGGGCUCCGUGGCGGGAGGAGCACUGACGGAGCGCGUCGGGCCGCGGCGCCUGCAGCUAGCGUUGUGUCCGGUCCUCGCGCUCGCCUUCCUCGGGAUGCCAGCGGCCGUGUGGGUCGGCGCCCGGGAAUCGAAUGUCCUGCAAGUGGUCCUGAUCUUAUGCCGGGUCAUUCAGGGCCUGGUGGUGGCGCUGCUGUACCCAGCAGUCCACAUCUACCCGUGUGAGAUCGCUGACCAGCGACGCCGAGGGACGCUGGGCAGCCUCAUCCAGGUGUGGGCUUCGAUGGGGUACUUGCUGUGCUAUGUCUUGGGUCGCUACUUGUCUUGGAUUUUUCUAGCAGUUGCACUGCCGAUGGCGACGCUGCUCCCGGGCUUCUUAGGCCUGGCCUUGGCUCAUGAGUCGCCUUUGUGGCUAGCAAGGCAAGGGAAGACCGCGGCGGCGAGAGAAGUGUUACAGUGCCUUCGAGUAUCCGCGGAAGAAGUAUCGAGUGAAAUCUGCGCGGCUGGGCAGACCAAGAAGGGCAGGACGCAGUGGCAAGCUGUAUUCCAGAGUCCCCAGAAGAAAGUGUACUUCGUGUCCAUUCUCGUUUCCGUAAUGGUAUUUGUAAUGACUCAGUUCACGGGACAGAUUGUUAUAUCUGCCAAUGCUGUUCGUAUAUUCCGAUCGGCAGAAGUCGGACUAAGUCCCUCAUUAAGUUCCAUUUUAGUUGGGACAACUCGGCUAACUUUCUGCGGCAUGGGGUCCCUUUUGCUGUAUCGCGUGCCUCGGAAAACUCUCCUCGUUGUAGGAAACGUGAUGGCUGGAGUUGCCCUGAUUGCAAUUGCAACCUUCUUCUUCAUGCGCAGCAGAGAAUACGACACAUCUGGGCUGAACUGGCUUCCAUUAGGAAGUCUGAUGCUAUAUAUGGUCGCAUUCUCCACUGGCAUUGGGCCGGCGAGCUCUCUACUGCACGUGGAGGUGCUUCCGGGCCCCGUCAGAUCGGCUGGCAGCAGCGUGGCUGCCACCUGCUUCUUUGCCUCAAUAUUCCUGGUUACUAAAACAUUUGAUGACGUCGAGGCUGCAUACGGUCUGCACAGUGUCUUUUAUGCCUAUGCACUUGGCUGCGUUGUGUUUUGUAUUUUAGUAAUAUUUUGGGUACCCGAAACGAAGGACCGCUCACUUGGGGAAAUAGAAAACUUCUGGAAGCUGAAAUAUGAAGAUUUACAGACAGAGGCUACUAUAGCAUCAAAUCAAGCAUUGCUGCUCAAAAUGAAAACAACUCAGGACGAUGGUUCUCUGAAAGGGGAUCCUGUUUAAUUACCCUUUUAACUGGAA